AUGGACUAUCAUAAGGAUGACCACACCGGCAACUUGAAGCUCGCGUUCCAGACGCUGUGUGGCGACUACGAGGAGCUGCUGGAAGAGGCGGCGCAUGCGACUUAUGCGACCGAUGAGCGCAUUGGCCUGGCGCUGUUCAAGAUCGACGAGGCGUGCGCGGUUGCUGACGAACUGCGACAGGAAGCGCAGCAGAUCCAGGAGCAGCUACUGGACCAGCUGUUGAGCAAUUGCUACGAGCUGGAAGAGAUCUUCUUGCGCUUGAAUGUUAUUGAGCGCUUUGUGGGUCGGAUGCUGGAAACCACGCGGGAGCUGGAGAAGCGAACGGAGAGCGCGAGUCGCAGUGCUGGCGUGUUGCUGAAUUCGAGCCCGAGUGUUACGAGUUUGUUGCGGUCUUUCUCGAUCAAGCGUGGGGCGUCGGAUGCACCUUUGAUCGAGAGCAAGUGGAGUCCUGUGGCGUUUACCUUCAACACGACGGAACUCAUGGAGAGGCUGGAGAAGAGCGAUGUGCGAGCUCUGGGCGUGUCGAUUGCGUCUACAGUUGCUGCUGGGUCUGCGAUCACGAGCGAGCAAGAGUGUCGUGACGAGGAACAAAGCGAGACAUGCAUAGAUUCCGACUAA